GGCUCGGACCUCGAGAAGAUCAAGGAGCAGCUCGGUGACGACGUGGUUGAAAAAUUUGACUACGUUUUUCCAGAAAACGGUCUUGUAGCAUACAAAGAUGGGAAAUUCCUGAGCAAGCAGAACAUUCAGGGUCACUUGGGGGAGGACAUACUUCAAGAUCUAAUCAACUACUGCCUGAGUUACAUUGCAAAGAUUAAACUGCCAAAGAAAAGGGGUACUUUUAUUGAGUUCCGAAAUGGGAUGUUAAAUGUGUCCCCCAUUGGAAGAAGCUGCAGCCAGGAAGAACGCAUUGAGUUCUAUGAACUUGACAAGAAGGAACACAUAAGAGAGAAAUUUGUAGCUGAUUUACAAAGAGAAUUUGCAGGAAAAGGCCUCACAUUUUCUAUAGGAGGCCAGAUAAGCUUUGAUGUGUUUCCAGAUGGCUGGGAUAAGAGGUACUGCUUAGGAAUUGUUACCAAAGAUGACUACAAGACUAUUUAUUUCUUUGGAGAUAAGACUAUGCCAGGAGGGAAUGACUAUGAAAUUUUCACAGACUCCAGAACAGAAGGCCACAGUGUCACAUCACCACAAGAUACAAGAAGAAUCUGUGAAGAGCUGUUUUUUAAAUGAAAAACUUUUUUUUCUUUUCAACUUCACACUUGCAAAACAGUUAAGACAGCCUAGUAACUCAAAACAUCUUACUUCAUUCUGUAUUAUCUUCCAUAAUUGCUCAUAAAUAGCAAGUACUUUGUGGAUCAGUCAUUACCGAAGGGAAGUGUUUUAAGUGACUGGAACCUUCCUGACUGGUAGAGUACAGCAGAGCGUGUUUGGGACCAUCCUUUCACAGUUUCCAUUGGCACAACUACUCUGUUUUCUUUUGGGCUGGUUGGUUUUUGAGUCACCAGUCCAAAAGACUUGAUGGUGUCUCAUCUGUUUUCCUGUGAAACGUUACUUUGGGAACUUUAAUUCACAUUGCUCAGAAAACUCACUCAGUUUUCUGGUCAGAUGAACUCCCUCCUCCUCUACCAUCAGCACAAGCUUCUUGAGCGUAGACUAACUACUAGCUUUGGGUUAAAACUGAGGCUAUAUUGUGCUUAAGAGUAACACAGUUUGUCUGCUUGCUGCUUUUGUGUUUAAAUCUAAUCUAAUGAAAAAGUGAUACCCUUAUUAAUGCAUUGUCUGAGAUACUCAGACAGUAUAAAAUGCUUUACCGAUCUGUAUAUGAAAAGAUGAAGAACUGUGGCUUUCAAAUUCUGAUGUCUUUGUUUUUUUCCUUUUUCUGAAGAGUAACUAGUAAACUUUCUUAGCUAACUAAUUACAUUGGGGGCAGGGGAAAUCUGUCCAUAUGUGAUUUAUGGCCGCCUUAAAAAUUAGCCUGCAAAAUUUUAUGCCUAGUUUUGAUUUUGAAGCUGCUAUUUAAAAAUGAUAAAAGUUUUAGAGUAUUUUUUUAAUACUACUCUGUGCUAAAAAACAUGAAUUAUCUGUCCUCUGUGAUUUUCUUGUUGAUGAGUAGAAGAGACACGUUUUCUUUCCUUCUGGGAGUGGGAAGGCAGAACUGAGCCUAAAGUCCCCUGACCUCAUUGCAUGGUCAGAAGGUGUAUUGAGCCCACCACCACUGGAAAGGCUAGACCAACUGGUGCUAGAGUUACCUCUCAAAACAAUUGUAGUGCCAAUGCACAGUACAAUUAAUGGUACCUUUACUGUUCACAGACUUUUUUUUUUUUUUAAUCAACAAUAAAGAAGUAUCAAUAAGCUAACUUGAGCAUAGUGGCAAAAUACAUUUUUGUCACUGAUUUCAUUUCUGGUUUUCCUGGCAAGACUUUUAAGGGUAGGUGAAAUUUUAGUGCUAAGAUAAACAAAAGAAUAUGUUUCAAUUAAGAUACAAGUUGAAGCAUGCCAAUCACUGUAACUGUUAAUAUUACUUUUCUUAUCUGACAUUAGGAAAGUAUCCUGUGUGUGAACAAUUUACUUUAGAAAAGGAAAAUAAAAAUCUCAUUUUAGUAAGAAAAAUUUACUGUUUCAAAUAACUUGUCAUUUUGGCAAAUAAAAUAUGCAAACCAUA